CUCUCGGAGCGGUGGAAGCAGAAGGAACAAACACACAACCCGACAGGGCGAUGCACCAGCAGCAGCCAGUGAGAGGGGCAGAUUUGCAUGAAGGGGCCGGUCUCAGCUCUGGGGCUUUAUGAGAGACUCAGUGGGUCCCAGCCAGAGACUCGUUUGUGCCAGGAAGUUGAACUGAUCCAGAUUGUCACCAUGGCCUGUGCCCUGCUCUUCCUCGCGCUGGUCACGUACUGCUCAGGGGUCUGGUCACAGCCUGUGGUGACUCAGGAGCCUGCGGUGUCCGUGUCCCCAGGAGGGACUGUCACUCUGUCCUGCAGCCUGAGCACCGGAGCCAUCACCAGCAGCAACUACCCUGGCUGGUACCAGCAGAAACCUGGCUCUCCCCCUCGGUUGCUUAUAUACAACACCAACAGCAGGCCCUCGGAGAUCCCCACUCGGUUCUCAGGGUCCAUAUCUGGUCAGAAGGCCGCCUUGACCAUCACGGGGGUCCAAGACGAGGAUGAGGCCGACUACUAUUGUACUGUGUAUGCUAGCAGCAGUGUGCGGUGCACAGUGAUAGAGCUGAAUGGGGAACUGAGACAUAAACUUCCCUUUCCACCUGUGCCUGCUGCCGAUUCAUUGCUGAGGCUGCAGAGUUUGGUUUUGCCGGCUCCAUUUUCAUUAGAAACCCCUAUACACUCCCUAAUCUCUACCACCACAGCCCAUGUCCUGGAGGUCAGCUCAGACAGCCCCUGCAGACCAGAUGCAUGUUUUAAAUACUCUCUGAACUUCAUUUACCAACCACAAUAUUUCAUGAUGUCAGUGGAUCAAUGGGUGAUGUUGACUUGUCUGACAGCAGGGGUCAAAAUCUGAAGUGAUGUCCAUGGGAGUGUAAACUGGGUACCCUAUGCAUCCCCUGGUACUAGCAACAUGGGGAUACCUGACUGACUUAACCAGGAUGACCACGGCUUGUGUCCGUACUGAAUUCAUCUGAAAAAAAAAGCAUUGUUGCCUCUGGCAUUUUCCAAAAGAAGAUACUUUUCUCACUUCUUGCAUUUCCAUGUUGAUGAAUGCACCACCUCUUGCCUGCACAGUAUGUUGUUGUUUGAGACACUGGUUCAGAUCGUGAUGUCAGUUGAACAGAUGUAAAUGCAGGAUAGUUCCCAGGCUGUCAUGCUUCCCCUCGUGCUGUAAGGGACUUCUGAAGUGGGUUGACGGCGGACACAAUCAUGGGGAGAUGUAGGGUUCUGGUAUAAGAUGUAAGGUAGAUGCAGGAAUCUGGAAGCCUUCCAGCAAUCCCAGUGCCGUGGUUCCUGCAUUGGGAUAAGGCAUCACAUGAGUUGUCCUUGAGCACUUGAUAAUAGCAACACACUAGUGUAAGGGUUUGGCUUUAGCCAAGCCAACCUAAAGCAUGAACGAGCACAAAGAGGAGUUCCCGUUUCUUCUGUGUCUUCUCCUUAGGAUCGUGAGAAAAGUCAGGGGGACAACAACAGCCAGUGCGCAGGGGUCAGAUUUGCACAAAGGGGCUCUUCUUAUUUCUGGGGAUUUGAGAGAGACUUGGAGGGUCCCUACCAGAGACCUGUUUCCCCCAGGAAUCUGAGCUCCUCUGGAUUACCACCGUGGCCUGGGCUUCGCUUCUCCUUGUGCUUUGCAUUUACUUCUCAGGGACUUAGGCGUCCUCCAGAAUUGCCACUAUGGUCAAGGCUGGUAGUGAUGCAGUCACCCUCCUCUCUCCCUCUCUCCUUGCAGUACUGAAGCUCCUCUACCUCUCAGCUCCCUCUUACUUCGACUUGGUCCCAGGUUCGGGUGCUGGCCUGUUCUGACUCAGCCGCCCACAGCAUCAGCCUCUCCCGGGGGAACAGUUCGACUCUCCUGAACUCAGAGAGCCUGGAAGUGCUCUGGGGAGGGUUAUUUUUGAUGCUCACCAUAGACUUUGUGGGUUUCCAGGCCGAUUCCCUGCUGCUGUUGACAGCUCUGCCAACACGGCCAUGUGAACCAUCGCCAGAGUCCAGCAAAUGAUGAGGCUGAUUAUUCCUGUGCUUCACUUGGCAUCAGCAGCAAUAAUGUCACAGUGUUUCAGACACAAAGGAACUGAGAAAACCUCCUCAGCAGCACACUUGGCACUGAAAUCAUGUGUCCUGAUGCUGCUUGAGGCUGGGUAGUGGGUUGAACUGUUGUUCCUCAAACUCUCCUGUUCCAGUUCCUAAACAGGGAUUACUUGUCAAGCAGGCGCCUUCUGUCCUGCUGCUCCUGUGGGUGCCCAGGGAUGGAUGCCCUGCAGCCCUGGAUUGGCAUGUGUUGGGGGUCUUUGUCCAUAGAAAUGUGAAGCCUUCUCCUGGGGUUGUGGAGGGUGGAGGCCUUGGCCAGCUCCAGUGCACAGUGGGACAGGGGUGUAACCAGGCAAUCCCCCCUCACAAAGGAGUGGCAGGAGAAGCCAUGCUCCCUGGCACAACCACAGAGGUUUCAGACCACAGACACAUGAGCAUGUCGGCCUAGCAGCGGUGUGCUAGGCUCUGUGCCCUUACUGCCCUGAUUCAGAGCAGUUUCUCAUUAAGAUUUUGCAACUCUGAGUUGCUAGGAUGCCCAGCUCCCAAGCUUUGCAGCCUGUUUAGGAAGUAAUGGGCACAUAUAAUCUUGUAUACUUUCUUCACAUGUAAAGUCAUUUCAUAGAUGUCAGUGAAAUCUGGUGGUGGAGUAAAUGAGAUGUCACAGGCCAGCUGGGCACUGUGAGUGCAUCAAUUUUAUCACAGGCCAACUGGGCUGUUUGAUUCAGUUUCAGAUCAAGGAGGCAAAGUUGGGAGUGAGAUAAAGGCAAAUUUAUUAUAGCUUACACACUCACAACAGUUAACAGAAAGAUAAAUGUGAUAAGCAGAUAACACAGUAUAAAAGAGCUAAUAGUAAAUAAUAACAACAGAUAAUAGCAACAGAUAGAUAGAGAGAUCAAUCUGUCACAGGCCAACUGGGCACUGCGAGGGUAUUAGCCACACUGGGCUGUUCAAAACAACAAAUAGACAGACAUGGGUUGGCAACUUAUCCAUAGUCCCUCAAUGCCAGGUGCGCGCCAAAUGAUUCCAGUGAAGUCAGGCGUCCCUGAUCAACUCUGUCAGAGGGAUUACCAGGGAAGGCCCCUUGAUCAGGAUACGAUCCUCACUCACACCGGGAGUCUGGGGUCCGGGCGUGGAACAGAAAAGACCGUUCUGUUCCCUCCUUCCUGCUGGUUACCUGAUGCAUGUGUUUUUUAUACCUAGUCUUAUGUUCAUCUGUUGGCCUCAGGGCCACUCACAAUGUUGCCCUAUAGCUGUUACCCUAUGGGAUUGAAAGGUGUUAAAAUUAUCAUAAAAGUUUACUACCCAGACUCGGGUUUAUCCAAUGAGCAAAUUAUGAUGCAGCACCUUUAGGUUUGGAAUUGACAUCACUCCGCCUAAAUCCCAACCCCUUUUAGGCUUCAUUUCCAUAUGCUUUCUUGGGAUGUGCUUUCUUGGAAUGUGUUGGGUGUGCCACGCAGUUGGAUCCAGUUUUUAUCGCUAAGGCUGAACCCUGAGCAAAAAACCAUGAGGCCAGCUAAUCUCACAGCUACAGCUUUGCCAAUGGGGCCCAGUCAGUUCCAUGAACAGUUAAUUUAUCAUUUUGGUUAAACUUAUGACAGACAAGUUACAUUUCCAGUUUACAAAUUUACAAGCUUAUAUUAACUAAUAUUACCUGUUUAAGCAAAAUACCAAAUGCCUCCAAGAAGCACAUAUUAUUGCUUAUUAAUCCCUCUGGAUCUGGCUGUCACAUGAGAUCAGAAAGUGGCCCUGAGGCUUUGGAAAAAGGAUACGGCAGCUGUGUUUGUACAGCCUCCAAAUCCCAUGUUCCUGAGUAAAUGCUCCGAGUUCUCUCCCCACUUCCAUGAGUGUGACAGCUGAAAUUAUGUCUGUAUGAUAAAGGUGCUUGCUGAAGGCUCUAUGAAGAUUAGACUAAGUGUUUUUCUGUAUUUGUUUAGAUUUUAAGCUAUAUGUUGUUGCUAAAAGCCUAAUUAAAGUUUAAGAUGUAGUAAGGCCUUGUAUAAAGUAAGGUCUACUAAAUUUAGCAAAGCCUAGAAGUAGUAAGACCCUGUGGCACAGUUAAAAUUACCUUAUCAAAGGAAUGCAAGGCUUGUACUGCUAUUGGUCAGUCUGAGGACAGUUGAAGUAAAAGGAAUCUGAGUGGUUGUAUGUUAUCAGUACCAUUCAGAAGCUAUAAAUUAGCUGGAAUAUCUAGAAACCAUUCAGAAGGAAAAUACAGCUCCGUGAAAAGGAUUAGUUAGCUGUUGGCCUGGAUCAGUGGGCCCGUGGACCUCGAGGAGCCCGAAAAACUGAAUUCCAGGGUUCUUUCCGGUACCUCUCGGACAGCGCUGAUCAGGGACGCCUGACUUCACUGAACUUUGUGGAAAGAGAAACUUGUUGUACAUCAGGCAUCAGAGGGGACUGCCAAUAAGUGCCAAUGCAAAUUGUUCUUGUCUGUCAUUGUUUGUCUUGUUACUACACAUAGUUGUGUUUUUGUUAAGUCAAUAAACCUUUCUUACCUUU